AUGAGUCUUACUCCAGCCCUCAAGGCAAAUAUCCAGGGAGACAUUUGGCCCGGUCUCCCCAAGAGAUUUCAAAGCUUUCUGUUUUUUCGCGUUCGAAACCAAGUUGAUUUCAAAAACCGACUCAAGACGUUCAUUCCCAAGAUCACCACGGCGCAAGAUGCCUGUGAGAUGAAGGAGAUAAUCAAGCAGGAAAAGGAUUUGGCUAAACAGAGAAAGAAAUCAGCUAAGCUCAAAGCUUUGCCGGGAAUCAACAUUGCCUUUACCGCGACGGGUCUUGAAGCACUCGGAGUAUUCGUGCAUCCCAAUGAUCAGGAUAUAGUCAAAAAGGACAGAGAGCUAUCUAAAGUUUUCCGUGAGAAACAGCUCAGAGGUGGACUAUUCGAAAAGGGGAUGUUUGCGGAUCUUGUCGGUGAGGGGUGGGACAACCCCCAGGAACUCCGAAAAGAAUACCAGCCUACCAGUAAUAACGAGAGGCUCAUUGAUGGUGUUAUCACGGUGACUUCAAGCCUGAAGCCUGAUCUGCUUGCGAAGGUCAGCGAGGUGAAGCAACAUUUUCUGGCCGAGGAGGGGGCGCCUCUCAACGCGGAUACAUAUGUCGUGAGCAAGGACCCUUCCAUUGAGUUGACCCUGGUUAGAGAUGGAAAGGUCCGUCCGGGCCUUGAGAAAGGAAAGGAGCACUUUGGAUUCAAGGAUGGAAUCAGUCAGCCUCUUCUCGAGGGCUGGGACGAAGCGGUACCGAAGGAAAGAGAGCCAAAAGCUGUCAAGUCAGGAAUGAUCUUUUGCGGCCACGAGGGUGACGAUAUGAGCCAACCGGCAUGGGCGAAAGACGGUAGCUUCCUUGUUUUCCGUGACCUUCAGCAACUUGUUCCUGAAUUUGCGGAUUUUAUGGAAGAAAAUGCUGAGCACGCCCCUUUCACUCAGGACCACCCUAAGCCAGGCGAAAAGCUCGCAGCAUAUUUGAUGGGAAGAUGGAAGAACGGGACUCCUGUGGAUGAGUCUCCUCACGAUGACUCUAACCCAGACCUCUUCGAAUCAAACAACUUCGACUAUCACCCCGUCGAAAAGCACGACAAGUGUCCUUUUGCGGCACACACCCGCAAGAUGAGACCGCGAGCUGACUUGAAUCACGACCAUGCUGUCAUUAUUCGUCGUAGCAUUCCGUAUGGCGAGGAAGUCACGGCCGAGGAAAUGACUGAUCGAAAGUCGUCAAAAGAUAAUGAGCGUGGACUUCUGUUCGUGUGCUACCAGAGCGACAUACGAAACGGAUUCAACUUCUUGACUACCCGCUGGGCAAGCAACCACCAUUUCCCCGACCGCAAAACCAGUUUCGUUGGCGAUGAUGGCCCGGGUAUUGAUGCUAUUGUUGGCCAGAGACUUGAGCAUCACCCGCCUCGAUCUAUCGGUCUUCCUGAUGGCAAGGACCCCACUGAGGCCCGCAUGCCGCUGGAAAGCUGGGUAGUUCAAAAGGGAGGUGAAUACUUCUUCGCGCCUUCUAUCUCGGCGCUGAAGAAGGAACUGACGGGUCCUGGUUUCUUUGACCCAAAACAACUGCAGCGCCUUCGUGAGGCUAACACCUAA